GCAAUUCCUUACUGUUUUUUAAUGGUGCGGUCCACUUGAUUUUUACAUCCACUUUUGGUGUAAUGCCAUGAAAUGCGCUAGCAAGACGGAUGGACGGCGUGGAUACAACACAAACAUCAGGUGGGCCCCACAGAGGAUAUCAGUUCCUCCAUCCGGUCGCCGCAGGCGAAUCCGCCGCCUCAGUUUCUCGUCACUCUCCAUCACUGCAAACUCACCCCUAUUUUCCGAACAAUUUACUUAUUCGCCCAACGCCCAUUUUCUCUGCGUAAACACCCAAACCCCCCAACAAUUGACAAAACACCCCCCUCCAAAACCCCCAAAAAUUGAUAGAACACCCCACCCAAAUGGCUUCUGGCAGCAGCAGGCCAGCCCAGACCUACUCCUCCUCCGGAGCGAGCAACAUCCGUACACCGCAUACCACCGAAACGACCUCAAAAGCCAUCGCCCAAUACACCGUCGACGCCCGCUUGCACGCAGUCUUUGAGCAGUCGGGCGAGUCCGGCAAGUCCUUCGAUUACUCUCAAUCCGUCAAAACCACCAACGAAUCCGUCCCCGAGCAGCAGAUCACCGCAUAUCUCUCUAAAAUCCAGCGCGGCGGCCACAUCCAACCGUUCGGAUGCAUGAUCGCGAUCGACGAACUCACCUUCCGGAUAAUUGCCUACAGUGAGAAUGCAGCCGACAUGCUCGACGUAAUGCCGCAGUCAGUCGUUCCCACCCUCGACCACCCCGCGCUGCUCGCCAUAGGUGCUGACGUCCGGACGCUCUUCACCCCCUCCAGCGGCAUCCUCCUCGAGAAGGCCGCGGGCGCCCGCGAGAUCACGCUCCUGAACCCUGUCUGGAUCCACACCAGGAGCUCCGGCAAGCCGUUUUACGCGAUCCUUCAUCGGAUCGAUGUCGGAAUUGUGAUAGAUCUGGAGCCUGCGCGGACUGAGGAUCCUGGGCAGUCCAUAGCUGGCGCGGUCCAGUCGCAGAAGCUCGCUGUCCGGGCGAUCUCGCGGCUGCAGGCGCUGCCUGGUGGCGAUGUCAAGCUGUUGUGUGAUACUGUCGUCGAGCACGUGCGGGAGCUCACCUGCUACGACCGGGUCAUGGUGUACAAGUUCCACGAGGACGAGCACGGGGAGGUCGUCGCCGAGAGUAGGCGGGAUGACCUGGAGCCGUACAUCGGGCUGCAUUAUCCGGCCACCGACAUCCCUCAGGCGUCGAGGUUCUUGUUCAAGCAGAACAGAGUGAGAAUGAUCUGUGACUGCCACAGCACCCCGGUGGCCGUCUUCCAGGAUGAGGCGCUGAUGCAGCCCCUCUGUCUGGUGGGGUCUACCCUGCGGGCUCCACAUGGCUGCCAUGCCCAGUACAUGGCCAAUAUGGGUUCCAAAGCGUCGCUUGCUAUGGCGGUCAUCAUCAAUGGCAGCAAUGAAGAGGGCUCUGGCACCGCUGCGGCUGGCAGCGGGCGGAAUUCGAUGAAGCUGUGGGGCCUCGUCGUGUGCCACCACACUUCUCCCCGCUGCAUCCCUUUCCCGCUCCGCUAUGCCUGUGAGUUCCUCAUGCAGGCGUUUGGGCUGCAGCUCAACAUGGAGCUGCAGCUGGCGUCUCAGCUGGCAGAGAAGCAUGUCCUCAGGACGCAGACUCUCCUCUGCGACAUGCUGCUCCGUGAUUCCCCGACUGGGAUCAUCACCCAGAGCCCCAGUAUCAUGGACCUUGUCAAAUGCGAUGGCGCUGCCCUCUAUUACCAGGGCAAGUACUACCCGCUCGGCAUCACCCCGACGGAAGCUCAGAUCAAGGACAUUGCCGAAUGGUUGCUGGCCUCCCAUGGGGAUUCAACGGGUUUGAGCACGGACAGCUUGGCUGACGCUGGGUACUCCGGUGCAGCCUCCCUCGGCGAUGCUGUCUGUGGGAUGGCUGUGGCCUACAUCACGCCAAAGGACUUCUUGUUUUGGUUCCGGUCCCACACGGGGAAAGAGAUCAAAUGGGGCGGGGCGAAGCAUCACCCAGAGGAUAAGGACAAUGGGCAGCGGAUGCACCCACGCUCGUCAUUCAAGGCCUUCUUGGAAGUGGCCAAGAGUAGGAGCUUGCCAUGGGAGAAUUCAGAGAUGGACGCCAUCCAUUCGUUGCAGCUUAUCCUGCGGGACUCUUUUAGGGAUGCCGAGGGUAGCAAUUCAAAGUCCAUGAUCAAUUUGCAGCUUGGGAAUUUGGAGUUGCAGGGGCUGGAUGAACUGAGCUCGGUCGCAAGGGAGAUGGUUAGGCUGAUUGAAACGGCGACUGCCCCAAUCUUUGCAGUCAAUGCUGAUGGGCAGAUAAACGGUUGGAAUGCAAAAGUUGCAGAAUUGACGGGGCUCUCAGUGGAUGAAGCUAUGGGGAAGUUGCUGGUUCAUGACCUUGUUUAUAAGGAGUCCGCCGAUGUUGUUGACAAGCUUCUAUAUCGUGCUCUAAGAGUGCGAAAGACGUUCAUUCAUCAAAUUCAGAUAAAUGCAGGUGAAGAAGAUAAGAAUGUAGAGAUAAAGCUAAGGACAUUUGGGUCACAACAACCUAAAAAGGCUGUCUUUGUAGUAGUCAAUGCCUGCUGUAGCAAGGAUUUUACAGGCAACAUUGUAGGGGUGUGCUUUGUUGGUCAAGACAUCACUGGGCAGAAAGUGGUCAUGGAUAAGUUCAUUCGCAUACAAGGUGAUUACAAGGCCAUCGUACAAAGCCCCAAUCUGUUGAUUCCGCCUAUAUUCGCUUCUGAUGAGAACACCUGUUGCUUGGAAUGGAACACGGCUAUGGAAAAACUCACUGGUUGGGGAAGACAGGACAUCAUUGGGAAGUUGUUGGUUGGAGAGGUCUUUGGCAGUUGCUGCCGCCUUAGGGGUCCGGAUGCAUUGACGAAAUUCAUGAUCAUCCUGCACAAUGCAAUUGGAGGGCAGGAUAAUGACAAAUUCCCAUUUGCAUUUUUCAAUAAGAAUGGGAAGUACGUGCAAACUCUCUUGACGGCGAAUAAGAGAGUUAAUAUGGAUGGCCAGAUCACCGGGGCCUUUUGUUUCUUGCAGAUCGCCAGUCCUGAACUGCAGCAAGCUCUAGAGGUUCAGCGGCAGCAAGAGAGGAAAUGCUUUGCAAGGAUGAAAGAGUUGGCAUACGUCUACCAAGAGAUAAAAAAUCCUCUAUGUGGAAUCAGAUAUACUCACUCACUCUUGGAGGCUACUGUUCUCACUGACGAUCAGAAGCAGUUUCUUGAGACCAGUGCCGCUUGCGAGAGGCAGAUGAUGAUGAUUGUAAAGGACGGUGACUUGGAAAGUAUUGAAGAUGGUUCUUUGGAGCUUGACAAGGGUGAGUUUCUACUUGGAGAUGUUAUAAAUGCUGUUGUUAGCCAAGUGAUGAUUCUGCUGAGGGAAAGAGGGUUGCAAUUGAUACGUGAAAUUCCAGAGAAAAUCAAAGUGAUGGCCAUUUAUGGUGAUCAAGUGAGAAUUCAGCAAGUUCUGGCAGAUUUCUUGCUGAAUAUGGUGCGGCAUGCACCAUCUCCGGGAGGGUGGGUGGAGAUCCAAGUUAGACCAAGUUUGAAGCAGAUGUCAGAUGGCGAUACUGUGCAUCUCGAAUUCAGGAUGGUUUGCCCCGGCGAGGGCCUUCCACCGGAACUUGUCCAAGAUAUGUUUCAUAACACUCGAUGGGCGACCCAAGAAGGCCUGGGCCUGAGCAUGUGCAGGAAGAUUCUAAAGCUGAUGAGUGGUGAAGUUCAAUAUAUCAGGGAGUCUGAAAAAUGUUACUUCAUCAUAGUUGUUGAGCUUCCCACUCCUCAAACAGGCUCGAGGAGUGUGAAUUAGGUACAAGGCGUUCACUUGGUUUCCCUGAUUUAACCAUUUUUGGGGCCCAACUACGCUUCUCCUGCGUCACUUUUCCCCCCAAGGAGUGAUUAAUGUUGCGAUCCCGAGUCUUCAGGUGGAUAAGCUCACCUUUCAGAUCAUGUCCAAUACCUGUUGAAGAAAAGAAAUCCUCCAUUGGUGUAUCCACAUCCUCAACUCUGCUCAUGGGUUAUCAGCAUGUCAAAGGGUGUGUUUGGUUGCACCAAAUAUCAUGAAAUUUCAUGCUAUUUCCUGAUUAAUUAGAAGUGCAAUAUCAUGAAAUUUCAUGAUGUUUGGCGCAACCAAACACACCCAAAGCAAAAGCGUAUUGUUGUAUAAGAAAUCAAUUUGCAGUUUCUAUAUGGUAACUGAUUCUUGAUCAUGCCGAAGGAGUUGCCAACUUUCACCACUACGAGAUGCUGCCAUUUGUCAUUCGUCCUUGGUGGAUGUUCAAGAUGCAAUAGUAUAUUUUGUAUAGUUUGUCAUGGAGGCUUGCACGCUGUGCUAGUAUGGAGAUGGUGUGGAUGCAUUCUACCUCUGUUGGAGGUUUGCUUGAAUACAUCCCAAUGUAUUACAACACGAUAUGCUGGGACUACAUCUGUGGGACCUGUGGCCGUGUCUGUAAUCCAAGCUGUUGAUCUGACAAAAUACAACGCUGAAGGUGGCUGCCUCAAAAAUCUUCAAGAUUGGGAAAUCUUAUGCUUUGAACCAAUGGCCUACAAAGCAACAGUCAAGGUGACGUAUUCAUCGGAAAAAAGUUAAAUAAUCAAAGUGCUAGGGAAUUCGACUGGAAAGUUCCUCUACUAGUUUUCUAUCUAUGUGGAGACCAAUCUUGUAAACAGUUUAGAUCACCGGGACAUGGCCCCAGAUCCAACAGAUAUAGUCCUGAUGUAUCAUAUCAUAAUACGUCGAGGUGUAUUCGGGCAAACCUCCUCCUUUUGUAUAAUAAUGUAUUAUAUAAUAUUAUUGUUUGUAUGAUGUGUUGUUUGAGAUGAAAUGCAACUGGAAUAUCUACAGUUCUCCA